AGCGCGGGGCGGCGGCGGCGGCGGAGAGGAUGCCCGAGCCCCUGUGCCUCACCAACAGAUGAGACUGGCAGCGCCAUCUGCACCUACCUACCCCGUCGACAGAUACUUGGAGAGCAGCAAUAAAUUCGAAAUGGUAAACUUAAUAGAUGACGAUCUCUGGCGCACCGAACCGGCACUUCGGCCUGAAGAUGAAAUUAUCCUGAGAAAGCUUCACGACAUGCUGCAGUCUACAGCAGAGGAUCUCAAGGUGCUCUCACAGGAACUAGGCCAGCAUCAUGCUCCAGGCGUACAAGUAAAAACUGCCCCAAUGCCUCUUGACGAAGAUUUCAACAACAGAGUCCACAUUGAAGAGAUAGUCAACGGCAAAUUUCAUGGACAUAAAAUUAUAGACCCUUCAACUUUCAAAAAUAUACCUGCUGCUCAAGAUAGAAUUUUAAACCAAACAUUUGUCAAAGAAGAAAUAAGAAAGCCGGUUUCGUCGGUAUCAGUUCAAAAUCAUAGAGCUCCCAUUUUGAAAAGUAAUCAAAAUAAAAACCUGGGCAUUACGCGGACAAAAACAAUACAAAUUAGUGAAUCUAAGAUUGUAAAUUGUUCACAUAGUAAAUAUGAUAAGCCAGAUAAAGUUAAGGAAUCUGUAUCAUAUAGUGAAAUAGCAUUUAAGUAUGACCCUAUACCCAGUAAUCCUUCACCGAAGCGACUGAACAUACAACAUAUGCCAAGCAUUAAUAUAAGGACUGAGCUAAAGGAACAGAAAGUUUUACACUUAGAUAUUAUACCUGAGAAUAUGAAUCAAACAGAAGUCAUUGAAAACAAAAAUAUUGCAGUAGUUGAACUGAAACAUGAGAUUGCAACACAACCUCAGUUAGGCAGAAAUAUACAUAGGCUAAAAGAAGAUAGAAAAGAACCUAUAAGAAAGGUAACAGUUAUGUCAGUGGGUGAAAGUAGUGAAUCAGCUAAUAACAAUAGUUCUGAUUACCAAAGUAAAUUUAAGAACAAGGGACGAAUACAAUCUACAAUGAAGGCAUCACCUAAAACAACCGAAAGAUAUACGCCUAGGAAAGGCUUGACGCCUGAAAAAAAGAAUCCAGUUAAAGAAUUGAACAAAGUACAAUCCCAUUUAAAUCUAGACGAGUGGAAGAAAAAACUUGGCAACGUUUAUGGAAAACCUUCCAUUUCCAAGAACAACAAAAUGCUUCGUACAAAAUCGAAUCAGGCCCGAUUAAAUUCUAAAAAUAAUGUGUCUGAUAGAAGUAUGAAAAAAGGUGCAUCGAAUACAAAACCACGAUCUAAUAUUUUAAAUAAUGCAGAGUACAUUCCAUAUUCUCAUCUUACUCUUGGUGGUGUUCGAGUCAGUGAUAUAGAAAGAGAACUAUCAGAUGGUCCCAUAAAAAAUGACGCUCCGUUAAGUCCUAUUUUACACAAACUUACAUCAAGCCAUGAAAAUUCUACAAAUGUCAGUCCUCGCAACUUAAAAGAUAAAGCGGUUGUAUUAAGUAAAUCGGAUGAAAACUUAUUGCAAGAUGUGUUAGAUUUAGAAGAUCAAAUUAGCAAAACCAUAACUUCUAAUAAUGAAAUAGAUAGCCCUAAAAUUUCACCUACAUCAUUAAAGAAGGACCAAUCAGAUACAAGUAACUGUUACAGUAAUGAUGAAUUUGAAGAAGCUGAAAAAACUGAUAAAUCAACACCAAAUUCUUCAGGCAUGGCAAAUGACGAUGAAAAUAAAUCGGAGAAUGUGUCUUCGAAUAAUAAACACACUGAAACUGAUUCCAAUAGUGAUGCAAAAGAUACUACUUUUAACAAAGCUCAAAACCUUUCCCUGAAAAAUACAGUAGAUAUUCACGAAUUCAUUCAUUCUAUCGACACACAGGAUAACGCUACGCAAAGUAAUACAACACACAUAAUAUCGCUAAAAGAAACCCAAACAUCACCAAGAAACGAAAGUUCUAACAUGAAACCGACCAAUAACGAUUUGUGGUCUUCCAUCGAUCCUAAGGGUGAAAUAGAAAACUUGUUUAAAUUAGAAAAAGAGUUGAUCAAAAAACUGAUAAUUGAUGAGUAUGGAGACCUUUUAAAAGAAAGUAUAACUAAACCUUCUACAUCUAAGGAUAUCAAUGAGUAUGAUAUGAAAAAUAUGAUCACAUCCCAGAAAAAUACGCAGACAUCACCUUUGCACAUGAAAUGUGUAAUGACGUCUCCCACCAGAACUAAAACCCGUACUACUUCACCAUUCACCUUGAAUUUGACCAUAGACCAGCAGACGAGUCCUAUGAUUUUUCUUAACGACAAAGAACUACAUCUAGAUCACACAGAUAAUAUGAGCGAAGUAGACGACAUUGGAAUCUCAAUAAAUUUAUCUUCACCGAGAUUUAGCUUACGGCUACCCCAAACUUCGCGAGAAGUAUUAUCCAAUAUGGACAACUGUAGUCAAAUAACGAGUGAUGGUAAAGUUAAAAAUACUGGUAAAAGAGUUCUACCUGUUCAAAUAAAAGCUAUGACUAGUUCGACAUCAGUAGAUGCUGAUGGAUCUUCAUCAGAAAUAAGCAGUUUAGGAGAAGUAAAAUUCAGACUAAAGAGAAGACUUAGAAAAAAUAGAAUAGCCACAAUUUCUGAGUCUAGUUCCACAUCUACCGUAUCUAAAUCGAGCUCCGAUAUUCAUAUUAGCAGUUUUCUACCAAUGAAAAGUGAAGGGGAACUUAGUUUAAGACAGCGAACAGUUAAUUCUUCAAGAAGAAACGAUAAUCAUAAAUCGAAAACUGAUGAUGAGAAAAGCUUAGGCCAGUGCUAAAGAAAAAUUGCGAAAGAAAUUAUAUUAUUAUCUUCUUUAAAUUAAUGCGGCUGCUAUAGUAGGAAAGGCACUAACUACAGCAACGAUCGAGUAUUUAUGUAGUUGUAUAUUAAAUUUGUAUUUUAAGAGGUUUAGAGGUUUCUAAGGUAAAAAAUAUUAUUUAACGUCGGUUCUAAACACGUGAAUUGCAUAGCAAAUUACUUUCAAAAACUUGUUCUCAGCAAUAUUGCGUUUGAAUUUAUUUAGUGCCUUUGCAAGUUUGCAAUUAAAUAUUUAAUAGUCGUUGCAGGUUGCUAACUUGCAACGUCAACUACCUACAUACUUUAUUAGUCUAGUGGAAAUUCUAUAAAAUUGUUAUUUCCAAGGAUUUGUUAUGAAUUUUAGAUUCCUCUGUAUCAUUGUUGGGCUUUUUUGUAUUCUGUUCCUUUUUCUCUGUAAAAGUAAUAAUUUUUCCAUGGGAUUAAAUUAUCCUUCAGUAUAAUAUAUGUAAUUUAGCAUGAUGUAAUGAAUCAAAUACCUAUGUUUGAUUAUUAUUUUAUCAACCCAAAUUGUGGCUAAUAGCCUCGAGGCAUGUGUACAAAUGAUUUAAUUUAGAAUACCUACUAAUUAAUUAUUGUUAACAAGUUACUUUUACUGUAAAUAGUAGUUUUAAGUUUUAUUAAUUUCAUUGGUAAAUAUAAGUAAAUAUUUUUUUAUGGCAAUAACUUAUCCCCUGCGAUUAUGAAUAAAACGUUAUCGAAUAUUUUUUAAA